AUGGCUAUUCACACAUUACUAGCCUUUCUUAUUUGGCAUGUUUAUCUUCACGGUUUCAUCCUAGCACAGCCAGGUGGUUUAGCAUACACUCAAUGUGGUGUCAGUGGCAACUAUACUGAAAUUAGUACAUACAAGAAAAAUCUUAACUCACUUCUCUCUUCCCUUGCGUCACAUAUGGAUAAAUAUGGUUUCUACAAUGCUUCCAUUGGCCAAAACAACGAUAUGGUCAGUGCUAUUGUGUUAUGUAGAGGAGAUGAGGAGGUACAAGUAUGUCGCACUUGUGUCCGUAACGUUUCUCAAAAUCUUGUACAGUCAUGUCCUAACCAAAAAGAAGCUUUUGGUGGCUAUGAAGAAUGUUUGUUAUGGUACUCGGAUCAAUCCAUUACAGGCACUAUGUCAACUUUUGCUCCGUUUUACUACUCGAGUAUUUAUGAUGCCUUUGGAGGGGAGGAAUUUAAUCAGGCACUAUUUAAAUUAUUAGACAGUUUACAAGGCCCUGCUUCAAAUGGUGAUCCACGUCGAAAAUAUGCUACCGGAAAUGUGACAGGUCCAGAUUUUCAAACUAUAUAUGCACUUGUGCAGUGUAUUCCUAACUUAUCUCCUCAGCAAUGCUCCGAUUGCUUAACUAAAGCUUAUGGAGAGAUGGUUAAUUGUACCUGCAAUGGCACUAAGGGUGGCAGAAUCAUAAUGUCUGGGUGCAAUUUCCGUUAUGAAACUUAUCGUUUCUUCAACGGGAUGGUGUUUGAAGCUCCACCUCCAGGGAAGGAUGAUAAAAAGGCUCAAACAGGGAAGGAUCAUAAAACAGCUCGAACUGUCAUCAUUGUUAUUGUGACAAUUGCUAUUUUUAUUGUUUGUAUUUCUAUCAUCUUGAUGAAGAGGCGGAAGAGGAAGCCGGUGAACAAAAUUCAAAGCAUGCGUGUGGAUGAUAUUAGCACUGCAGAAUCCCUGCAAUAUGAUUUUUCUACAAUUAGAGUAGCAACAGACAACUUCUCAAAUGACAAUAAGUUGGGACAAGGAGGAUUUGGACCUGUGUACAAGGGUAAACUUCCAAAUGGAAGAGAAAUAGCUGUGAAAAGAUUGUCAGCAAAUUCAGAACAAGGUGAUGUAGAAUUCAAAAAUGAGGUCCUGUUGGUUGCUAGGCUUCAACAUAGGAAUUUGGUUAGGUUACUUGGAUUUUGCCUAGAUGGAACAGAGAGACUUCUUGUCUAUGAAUUUGUACCCAAUGCAAGCCUUGACCACUUUUUAUUUGAUCUGAUUAAACGCAGGGAAUUGGAUUGGGAAAAGCGAUUCAAAAUCAUAGGAGGCAUUGCUAGGGGAAUUCUUUAUCUUCAUGAGGAUUCUAGACUUAGGAUCAUUCAUCGUGAUCUCAAAGCUAGUAAUGUUCUACUUGAUGAAGAAAUGAAUCCUAAAAUCUCAGAUUUUGGCUCGGCAAGGCUAGUUGUCUUGGAUGAAACUCAUGGCAGCACAAACAGAAUUGCUGGGACCUAUGGGUAUAUGGCACCAGAGUAUGCAAUGCACGGGAAAUUCUCGGUGAAAUCAGAUGUUUUUAGCUUUGGAGUGCUAGUCCUGGAGAUUUUAAGUGGCCAGAGAAACACUUGUUUCAGAAAUGGAGAAUUUGUGGGAAACCUUCUAAGCUAUGCUUGGAUGAACUGGCGUGAAGAAACAACUUCAAAAUUGAUAGAUCCCAUAUUGAUGGGAAGCUCAGGAUUAGUAAGCGACAUAGUGAGAUGCAUCCACAUAGCAUUAUUGUGUGUUCAAGAAAAUGUGACUGAUAGACCAACCAUGGCAGCAGUUGUUCUCAUGCUCAGUAGCCUCUCUCUAAGUCUUCCAGUGCCUUCAAGGCCUGCAUUAUCUGAUGUUAACUUAGAGACUUCUCUUAUUCAAGAAUAUAAUUCACAAAAUGAGGCAUCGAUAACUGAGUUAUAUCCUAGAUAGUAGCCUUAUAUACAAUUGCCUUUCUUAAUAAUGAGAUGGAUGAUCCGCAGAGGCAGGUGUCAAAGAUGAAGGAG